GUUCAAAAAACCCUCCAAAUUUCUCCAUCACCGGUUUUCUCUUCAGCUCUCGAUUCUCCGAUGGACCAAUCAUCGCCGGCGCUCGACGACUGCUUAAAGCUUCUGAAAGGCGAAAGAGACGAGCAGCGCCUCGCCGGACUCCUCUUCGUCACUAAAUUCUGCAAAGGCGACGACCUAUCCUCCCUCCUCACUAUCUAUGACGCCGUCGGCCUCCAAUUUCUCGACCGCCUCCUCCGAACCGGAAUGGGGAAAGGAAGCGUAAGCGAAAAUCGCGACGCGUAUUUGCAGCUUUCGGUUACUGUUCUUGCUGCAUUUUGCCGUGUUCCUCAGAUUGCUGCUUCUAGUGAGAUGGUCUCAAAGAUUCCGCUAGUACUGGAAGUUUUAUCCAAAGAAUCAGGACCAGCUGUACUUGAAGAAUGCUAUGAGUUUCUAUAUUUGGUUUCGUCGGCUUCUGAAGAUGGAACCAUGACAUUGUACUCAUCUGGGGGCAUGAAGCUACUGGCUUCUCAUAUGCCCGUUUUACCUGAUGGUUCACAUCAGAUGAAAAUCGCGAUGAAACUUGUGCAAUUGCUACUAAACAAGUUCUAUCCUGAAAGCAUUAACAAUGACUAUAUACCAGAGCUGUCGAUAAUUGUGGCUGCCAUAGCAAGGCAAUUUUCUGUCUUGCAUGAUGCUAUGAAAUUUGAUGCGCUUCACAUACUGACAGCCAUCCUCUCACCAAAAUUUCAGGCACCGCUCUCUGAUUCUCUGCGUGUACUCCCAGAAAAUAAUUGGCCCAACUAUAUGCGUGAUGGUAUUGCCGCCGUUCUACAAAACUGUGUUGCACCUACAGAGAAGCUUCAGGCGCUUAUUUUGGCCGAGUCUAUGGUGAGGAUAUUCGGGGAAAAGUGGCUGGUAGGUCAGAUAACUUCAGCUGAUGGGAAAGAGCCUAUUCCAACAGAUAGGUGCUUAGUGCUAGUGUUGGAGCAAUCAAGGGUCGAAGUUGCUGUUCUUCUGAAUGAUCUAGCAUACUUAAAAGAUGAAGCAUCUAAGAAAUCCUCACCCAGUGCUGAGACAAUGCUUUUAAAGAAACGAAAUGUGGCUAUUGCCUUUUCCUUACUUGAAAGAAUAAUUAGCUUAAUAUCAAACGCCAGUGAGAAUGAAGAUGAACUCAUCAAUGAAAAUACUGUCUCGCGGGUCAUCAAUGGCCUUAAUGAGACAAUUGGUGUAGUUCUAGAGUAUCUACAAGAUGCAAAGGAACAUGAGCAAAGGAAGGGAGAUGAUCUUCUUGCUUCAGUGCGUGUUAUCGGCAGCUAUCUUGCAGAGGCACCUCUUUCAUGCAGUGAGAAGGUUGGAGAACUUCUCGAGUAUAUGCUUUCCAUUGAAGGUGAAGAUGAAAUAAGACCCUUCUUUGCCAUAUGCUUUUUGCUUCCAAUGCUGUGUCAAUCGACAAUGGAGAUUGAAGGAUGUAAAACAUUAAUUUCUUGCGGAGGUCAUAAGUCUGUUGUUGAUUUUCUUGUUAAUUUGAUUGGGCUGCGUGGUUUCCAAGUGGAUGAUAAGGGCUGCAUUUUUUUGGCAUGUGACACAAUCUUGAAUCUUCUUUUAAAGAAAGAGCAAAUCCAAGCCCCUUUGGAUUAUUCGACUCUCGUCAGUCUACUGAAAGCGUUGGCACAGUGGACAGAGGGUGUAGAUGACCCAUCAAUCAUAAUGAUGGCGUCAAGUAUUUGUACGCUGCUGUUUGAUUUUACUUCAGAGAAGGCUCUUCUUGAGCAUCCCAACUUUGAUGACAACUGUCUCAAUAGCCUGUCUCAGCUCAUCGCAAGAAGCAUGGCUUCAUGGGGACAGGAUAUGUCUGAUGCUGCUGAAGCAGAAACGGAUCUUGUUGAGAUUGUCACUGAAGGAUAUUCUCGAUGGGUCAGUCGCUUCCCUCGUGUAAGAGAUGCUGUUAAAGAGAUCGCUCGACGAAUUGCUCAGUGAGAAGUUUGGUCUAAGGCCAACUAAAACAAGUUGACAGAUGAUAUAGUAGAACUAGUAUCGACACAGUUUUCUUACAAAGUGAAAUAUUUCAUAGUUUGUGAAAGGUUGUAUAAAUGUGAUAGAUUGGCUGGCACGUCCUCCUUUCUCGGAUUCGACCAGAAAUACGAUGAAAAUGGUAAUAGGGAUUAUCCUUGUGUUUGAUUCAAAUGCCCAACAGCCAGAGACGAACGCCCAUCCUCC